AUGCGGAUCAGUCUGUCGUCGCUGGCUCUCGGCGCCUUGUGCCUCUCCUCCGUGCCCGCCGCGCUCGCAUUGGCUCCUGGAGACAUCCCUUCCGACACGCCUGUCUCGCAACUCAUCGAACGCGCGAACGAGAACCUGAACAAAGGCAAGGCUCAGGAUGCGCUCACCUACUUCGACCUCGCGAUUCAAAAGGACCCGAGCAACUACUUGACCAUAUUCAAGCGAGGCGCAACAUACUUGUCGCUAGGCAAGAACCAGCAGGCGAGCCGCGAUUUCGAUCAGGUGCUCACUUUGAAACCGGGGUUUGAGGGCGCAUUGACGCAAAGGGCGAGGAUAAAGAGCAGAAAUGCGGAUUGGAAAGGCGCAAAGGAGGACUACCUCGCUGCCGGGAAGCAGGGUGGCCAGGAGCUGGAGGAACUCGAGGAAGCUGAAGGGGCCGAGAAGCUGUCGCAAGACGCAGAGAAGAAGGGCGAUUGGGAAGCAUGUGUCACUCAUGCUGGUACUGCCAUUCUUGUCGCGGGAACCACAAUGGACUUGAGACAGCGAAGAGCAAGAUGUAGAUUCGAGAAAGGCGAGAUCAUGGAGGGCCUGGCCGAUUUGAACCAUGUUGUUCAGAUCAAUCCAUCUUUGACCGACCCGUACCUCCAGAUAUCUGCCAUGGCUUAUUACUCUCUGGGCGAGACAGACAAAGGCAUCACUGCGAUAUCGAAGUGUCUACACAACGACCAGGACAACAAGGCGUGUUCCAAGCUACGGAAGUCGGAAAAAGCUAUUGACCGGACAUUGAAGAAAUUUAAGCAGUUGGUAGAGAAACGGCAGUUCGCGUCUGCGGUCAAGCUCCUCCUGCCACAAGGCGAUGACGAGCCGGGUCUUCUACAAGAGGUUCAGGACGACACCAAGACCUACCGAGAGGCAGGCUACAUCCACCCCAAAGCAUCGAACGGCCUGUACGAGCAGUUGGUCGAGGAGACGUGUAACGCAUAUACUGAGAUGAACAACCUCAAGAAAGCAACUACGUUUUGCGACGAAACGCUCAAGUACAAUCCGACAUCCCUACCUGCCCUUCUAUCGAAAGCUCAACGACAACUUGACGCAGACGACUUCGAACCCGCUAUUGGCACUCUCAAUACCGCCAAGGAGGAACAUGGCAACAACCAAAAGGUACAAGAACUUCUCCAGAAAGCACACACCGUUCUCAAGAGAAGCAAGACCAAGGACUACUACAAAGUUCUUGGAGUCAGCCGAGAUGCAGACGAGCGAGAGAUCAAGAGGGCUUUCCGCAAGCUCACCGUGCAGCACCAUCCCGACAAAGCUGCGAAAAACGGCGUCACCCAGGAGGAAGCGCAGAAGAAGAUGUCUGCCAUCAAUGAGGCGUAUGAAGUUCUAUCGGACCCCGAGUUGAAGGCUCGCUUUGACCGAGGGGACGAUCCAAACGAUCCACAAUCAGGACAGCAGCCGUUCCAGGGCAGCCCAUUUGGAUUCAAUCCAAACGGCCAACCGGUCUUCUUCCAGCAACGAGGCGGCGGUGGAGGCGGAGGUUUCAAGUUCGGCGGACAGCAGAUGCCAUUUUCAGGGGGCUUCCCGCAAGGAUUCCCAUUUGGUUGA